AUGCCAGGUAGCAUUAAUCAAAGGGAGAAGCUCACCAGUUACAGUGUAAGGGAGUCGGAUAUUGACAACAACUGCUCCCCGGAGCGAAACAGCAAGGCUCCUCCUGACGGUGCAGGCAAGAUAGACCAAGAAACAGGUGAGGUGGACUCCAUCGCUGGGCUCAAAGAGCAACUGGAGCUUGCAGAGUUGGGUUGCUCGAAGCUCGGAGAACUAUACAGAAAGUACAGACUUUGUUGGUUGGAGGAGAACUAUCGGGUAAGGGUGUUGGAACAAUAUGCACCACACGACAUCGAUACUUGUUCAGCCCAUCAGAUUGCUUGGGAUGCUCCAUCUCCCAUUGGAGACGACGACGAUGUCGUCGUCGAAGUUGUGAAUAUGGAAGUCAUGUCGUGA